AUGUUCUCACGACGAAGCUUCGAACGCUUCUGCGCACUGGUUCUAAGCCUUGCUGCCACUGGCACGCUUGUUGAAGCUGGGCCCUGUGAUAUUUAUGCCUCCGGGAACACACCUUGUAUCGCCGCACAUAGCACCACGCGUGCCCUAUACAGCGCCUAUACCGGUGCACUCUACCAGGUCAAACGUGGCUCCGAUGAUACCACGACCGAUAUCUCGCCACUUUCCGCUGGUGGUGUUGCAAAUGCCGCUGCCCAGGACAAAUUCUGUUCAAGCACAACUUGCUUAAUUACCAUCAUUUAUGACCAGUCUGGCCGCGGUAAUCACCUCAAACAGGCUCCGCCUGGCGGAUUCAAAGGCCCCGAAGCUAAUGGCUACGAUAACCUGGCCAGCGCGAUUGGCGCCCCGGUCACACUGAACGGCCGGAAAGCAUACGGUGUCUUCAUGUCUCCCGGCACCGGCUACAGCAACAAUGCCGCCAGCGGCACAGCUACAGGGGAUGAAGCAGAGGGCAUGUACGCAGUGCUUGAUGGAACCCACUACAACGGUGCCUGCUGCUUUGACUACGGCAAUGCCGAGGUCAGCAGUACCGACACGGGAAACGGCCACAUGGAGGCCAUCUACUACGGUGACAACACCGGCUGGGGCUCCGGCGCUGGGAGUGGUCCUUGGCUCAUGGCCGACCUGGAGAAUGGCCUGUUCUCUGGCUCCAGUCCAGCCAACAAUGCCGGCGACCCGUCAUUGUCCUACCGUUUUGUCAAUACGGUUCUCAAGGGAGGGCCAAACAAGUGGGCCAUCCGUGCUGGCAAUGCCGCGUCCGGCUCUCUAUCAACAUACUACAAUGGUGCGCGUCCAAGCGCGUCUGGAUACAACCCGAUGAGUAAAGAAGGUGCCAUUAUCCUUGGCAUCGGCGGUGAUAACAGCAACGGCGCCCAAGGCACCUUCUACGAGGGCGUAAUGACCUCCGGCUACCCGACCGAUGCCACCGAGAACUCAGUGCAGGCUAAUAUAGUGGCGGCCAAGUAUGCCACCGCGUCGCUGACUAGCGGGACCGCGCUCACCGUCGGUUCGUCAAUCUCGCUGCGGGCUACCACGUCCGGCUACACGACGCGCUACAUCGCACACACCGACUCGACUGUCAAUACCCAGGUUGUCUCGUCAUCCAGCACCACCGCUCUCAAAAAGCAAGCUAGCUGGACGGUUCGCGCUGGUCUUGCCAACAGCGUUUGCUUCUCGUUCGAGUCCGUCGAUACCCCGGGAAGCUUCAUCCGGCACGCUGACUUCUCGCUCGUGCUUGCUGCCAACGACGGCACCAAGUUGCUCCAUGAAGAUGCUACAUUCUGCCCACAGACCGGCGUAAGUGGUCAGGGAAGCUCGAUUCGUUCCUGGAGCUAUCCCACUCGCUACUUCCGCCACUACGAGAAUACGCUUUACAUUGCGAGCAACGGUGGUGUCCACGAGUUCGACUCCGCUACUUCUUUCAAUGAUGAUGUGAGCUGGGUGAUCAGCACGGGCUUUGCUUGA